AGGAAACAAAUCUUCAAUAUUUAUUGUGAAAUUUUUUGUUUUUCAAAUAUUUUUUUAUUCAUCAUUUGGUUGGUGAAAUUUGUUGGUUUAACAUUAUUUAACAAAUGCACAAGGUCUGAGUAAAGGAUGCAAACAUCAACUCAGCCAAACUUUUCUUACAACUUAAGUUGUCAAAUGUAAAUAUAAACACAUUGUGUAGUAUCACCUUAAAUAUAAAUGUCAUUACGUUGACGUUUAUUUGACAUAUUAAUAUAUUUCCUAUGUUUAUAUUUUUAUCACAGUAUUUGGCAUUUGCAGCAAUGCAAGUUAAACUUUGCUUCGGAAUUUAAAGAAUAUUAAUUAAAAUUCAAAUUAAUGUAGUAUUAAUCUACGUAAUAUUUAAAAUUUUUAAUCUAAAAUUCUAAAAUGUCGAAACGUAUAACCUCAUAUGAUGUUUUUGGCGGCACUCUAAACCAUAAGAAACCCAAACUAGAUAUUUCGGCUACAAAAAGAAAUGAAAUAAAUUAUGGAGCUUCUACCUCUAAUAACACUAGUAAAGAUCCUUUUAAGAAACCGAAUGCUGUUUCAUCAGUUCCUAAUAUAUGGAAUGACGAUGAUGACGACGAUUUAUUAAUAAUAUCCCAAAUGGUUGAAAACAAAAUUCAGUCUAAUGAUGUAUUCGGUAGAAAUAGCGAAGACUUUGAUAAUAUUUCUAUCACAUUUGAACAUUUUGGAUCACAUGUCGAAUCUAGUACGCAAUUGGCAAAAACUGCAAAAAUUACAUCAAACCAAAAAUAUAAUGUAGAUUCGUCAUCUCUUUUUGACGAUUCUUUUGAAUUUGAAUGGGAGAAUAACAAUUUUAAAAAUGAUAAUAGCUGCGAUGCUUUUAAGAGUUCUUCAACAAAUCUUAACCACAUCACGGAAAAAAAAAUUCAAAAUGAAAAACCAAAACUAAUGAGCCUUAAAAAUGACAAUUUCAGUGUCAUACGAAACGACUUUACUUCCUCAAAUAUUAGUAAUGAUAGACAACGAGAUGCUAUAGAAAUCGAUAAACUUAUUCAAAAUUUAGAUGCUUUACAAAACGAAAAUAAAAAAUGUUUGGCACAAUUAAAUACACUAUCGGAACAAAUAAAUGAUUUAAAUGAGAAAGUUCAAACAAAAGAAGGGGAAGCUUCUUUAUUACGUCAAGAACUACGAUCUUCUAAGCAAGCUUUAGAUACCCUAAGAGUUCAGAAAAUAUCUGAAAAUGACACAAUUCGAAAGGAGUACCAAUAUAAAAUAACUGAACUAGGGCGCAUGAAAAACGGGAUACAAGCACAAUUAAAUCAAAAGAAGAUAGAAAAUGCACAACUUAAGCAAAAACAAGCAAUAGAUGAAAAUUCUAUCGAAAUACUUAGAAAAUAUCAAGACCUAUCUAACAUAAAUAAUCUUAAUUUUAGAUUUGAAAAGGAAGUUUUAAGCAGGACAAAUUUGGAUUUACCUUGCGAAAUAUUAUCAAAAAAUUACACUCUUAAUUAUAGUUUGGUAGAAAAAUAUUUUCAAAGCCAAUAUGAUGAACUUAGUUCGAUUUUGUUACAAUGGAAUCAUAAUAUGAUAUCUGAUGAAAUUUAUAAAAAUUUUGAAACAAAAAGAUUUGAACAUAUUUUUGAAGAUGCAAUUGAAAAACUAAUUAAAUAUAUAGAACUGGAUUCUAGUAAAUGUUGCACAUUAACUGAAAAUACUUUUAAAUCUCAUAAACAACCGACUUUUUGUAAACUUUGCUCUAAGAAAGGUAUUGAGAUAAGAAAUAUAUUUUUUGCAAGUAAAAUUACAAAAUUUGAAAGGAUGACUUCCUUUAGAAGGUUCGUCGGAAUGCUCUGUUUCAUUGCAAAAAGUGUACCUAAUAUCGGAGCAUAUAUACUAAACUCAAUAAAAACGGCUCUCACUUCAACACAACAAAAUUUCGACAAUAUUCUAGAAUUGAUAAUAAGUUCACCUAACAUUGACCAUUACAUGGGGAUUCUUGAGUCUAUAGGAUUAGUUUUAAAGACGUUAGGAAAAGUUAAGAGUUUCGACGAAAAUUACUUGAAAUAUUUUAAUAUUAUUAUACACUGUAUACCUAACCUGCGCGUAAUGGCAGAAAUUGCAAAUUGCAUUCAGGAAAUAUCUGAAAAUAAACAUUAUUUAAACAAAAUGUGCAAAAAAUCUCCUAGAUUCAAAACUUCAUAUACUGCUAACAAAAAAAUAACUAGAAUAUGUAAGAGUGGAUGCAUUCUGCAAACAUUUUGCACUAUUUUGGAAUUUAAAAUUCAACUGGAAGAAAAGUAUUUAUACAUACAUAAAUUUGAAAUACUUAAUAUUUUGCGAAACUACAUUAAAUUGUUAGGAAAUUGUUUCAAAACUUAUCCCGUAUUUAUGAUAAAUCCAAGUCUGGAAAGCAGUUAUAAUGAAACAAAAAAUACUUUUGAUAUCAAUCAUAGCAUAUGCAAUUGUUACGCUUUACUCUGUUGCAGUUUUGUUUUUGUUUUUAGCAAAUUUUUAAAAUUUUGGAUAGAAGAUGAAUUUGCAUUUAAUAUCAACGUCUUUCAGGAAAUAUGCAAAGCUGGGUCAAUUUUAUUGUGCGACAUAUUUGAUACUCAUUAUCAACCAGUGAUAAUUUUUAUAGGCAAUACUAGUGUGAAAAGAAAUCUGUUUUUAAUUUUAGAUUGCCUUAAAAAAAAAGCAGAACUUUUAAAUAAUGAAUACGAAAGCAUCAUCACGGUAUUGAAGAACUGCUCUAUGUUAUCCGAUAGAGAACUAAAUACUACAGAGAGUCAAGAAAUAAAUUUAAAUAAUGGAAAAAAAAUCAUUGAAGAAAUAUUUGCGGAGAAGCUGUUUAUAUAAUAGUUUCCUUUCUUUUACAAUAUUUGAUAGCAAAUUUAUUUGUAAUAAUAACGAUUUAAGAAAUCAUAUUUUUAAGUUAUGUUUUAAUAUCUAAAUUUUAAAGAAUACAUACAUAUUUUUUUUUAUUGAUAUGUACAUAUUUCAAAUCAAGAAUUUUAUUAUGUAGUUUUGAAGUAAAGAAAUUUUUGCCUUUAUA